CCUUUUGCCAUUUCGUCUUCAUCCUUCAUCAACAUCCCCCCCACUCAUACACCAAGCGACAAUCGCACGAAUUGUGCUUGACCCCGCUCCUCUCCGCGCACACUCGCACCCACCUACACCCCCUUAUCACCCAUCACCGGGCUCUGAAACACGAUCCCGCGCAAACCCACGACCGCCACAGCGUCAGCGACAAUCUUUUUGCCCAUCCACCUCACCCCGCUGACGGCAAGCUCGCGGCCCUCUAGUUCAGCUCACUCGACAACCCCUGCAACCCUCUUGUCACCAUGUCGACCAUGCUCACCGACCAGAACAAGGUCCAGCCCAUGGAUGUCACCGACCUGAGCGACCCUAACAGAUCCAGCCGAAGAGUGGCAUACUACUAUGACCACGAUGUUGGAAACUACCAUUUCUUCCUGGGACACCCAAUGAAACCCCACCGCAUCCGCAUGACGCACAACCUCGUGUCCAACUAUGGCCUCUGUGACGAGGUCGAGGAAGACGCUCCAGAGGCGGGUGGCGAAGGCUCAAGGGCCCUCAACGACAUUGCGUCCGGAAUGGAUGCGGAGAUGAAGGAUGCGGUCCAGUGGGAGAAGCGCAUUGCUCAUGGACCAAGGGGCAAGCACAUGCAGGUCUUCCGUCCGCGUCGGGCCAACAAGACAGACAUGACGCGCUUCCACACGGACGAGUACAUUGAUCUGCUGGAGGCUGUCACACCCGAGACGGCCGAGGCCAUGACCGGUGGCGGAAUCAGAUGUCUUACUGGCGAGGAUUGCCCGGCCUUCGAGGGUGUCUUCGAGUUCUGCACGAUCUCUGCGGGCGGCUCCCUCGGGGCUGCGGAGAAGCUCAACUCUGGCAGUGCAGACAUUGCAGUGAACUGGGCUGGAGGCCUUCACCACGCCAAGAAGUCCGAGGCCAGUGGUUUCUGCUACGUCAAUGACAUUGUUCUCGGCAUUCUGGAGCUCCUGCGCAUCCACCCUCGUGUGCUGUACAUUGAUGUCGAUGUCCACCAUGGCGACGGUGUUGAGGAGGCAUUCUACACGACGGACCGCGUCAUGACCGCCUCCUUCCACCGCUUCGGUGAAUUCUUCCCCGGAACGGGUGAUGUCCGCGACACGGGCAUCAAGCGCGGCAAGGGGUACGCUGUGAAUGUGCCUCUGCGUGACGGCAUCACAGAUGCGACCUACCACACCAUCUUCAAGCCGGUUAUCAAAGAAAUUAUCGACCGCUUCCAGCCUGGAGCCAUUGUCCUUCAGAUGGGAGCCGAUUCGCUCUCCGGCGACAAGCUCGGUGGUUUCAACAUGACUCUGAAUGGUCACUCAGAGUGUGCGAGCUUUGUGAGGAGCUUCAACAUCCCCGUCUUGAUGGUGGGCGGUGGUGGCUACACAAUUAAGAACGUCGCCAAAGCGUGGACCAAGGAGACCGCCAUCAUGUGCGGCGUUGAUCUUCCAGAGGACCUGCCUUACAACCGAUACAUGGAGUACUUUGGCCCACGUUACAAGUUGGAGGUGCUCCCGACCAACGUGGACGACCACAACCCACCAGAAUACGUCGAGGCUUUGAGGAAGGCCAUUUUCGAGAACCUCAAGCAGAUCCCUCACGCCCCAGGAGUGCAGAUGCGCGAGGUUCCCGGCAAGCCGCUCUCUCGAGCUCUGGGCAUCAGCAAGGAUGACGACGAUGACCCGGACAAUGAGCUUGAUAAUCGUAUCAAGAAGCUCUUCCGCGCGCGUCAGAACGGCAUGGAUGUCGACUCGGAGUCCGAGUCUGACUCGGACACGGCUGCCUUUGCCCGCCCCAACCGUGCACGCCGCCAAGGUGGUCUGUCGCUUCGGCCCAACCCUCGCCCGCGUGUCAACGGCUUCCCUUCGUCCAAGCGCCAGCCUUCAUCAUCUCCGGACGAGGACGACGAGAACCACCGAAGAAAGCGUUCCUUCUUCGCGUCGCGUGCGGGUGACGGUGUCUGGGAUCCUACUGUCCUUCUCAACGGGGGCCAGCCACCGGCUGAGAAGCUGAUCAACGGUGCCAAGCCCAAGCUGUUUGGAGGUAUUCCUGAGACUUGGAAUGUUGGCCGCACGAGCCGCGCUGGUAGCCCCAUGAGCGUUAUCUAGGCUCGCAUAGAGGUUUGUAGAGUAGUCAUCAUAGCACGGCGUGAGCGUGGGCCCUUGAGCAUGUAUUUGGUCUGUAUUUUG